AUUCCAAUUGGAAACUAAGAGACUACACAUUUUGAACCAAAGUGCGUGCUUGGUGUCCUAAGAAUUGAAAGGCCUAGCGAUUUGGAGCUCACUGACAUUCCUGUGGGGUGUCUGCCUAUUUAUAUGCAUGCGAGCACACACAUUAACUCAACAUAGACCUUGUCCCUUUUGAAGCCUUCUCUCUCAUGGCUACCAUAACUGAUAAUGAAGAGGAUAACUAUAAUAAGGAGCUGUAUGAAGCUCUAAUGAGAGGAGAUAAGAACGAGGUGAUCCAACUGUGUCAAAAAAAUCAAGAGGGGCCAUUACACAUAGUAACCAUACAAAAUGACACGGUCCUACACAUCGCCACUUACUCCGAACAAACCGACUUGGUACAGAGUUUACUUGAAUUGUUGCCUGAAAGUCACUAUUCCAAAAUGACCCGUCCAAACAACAUUGGAAACACUAUACUUCACGAGGCAGCCACUUCCAGCAAAAUGUUACCGGCUGCAGAGGACAUGUUACUCAAAGCACCAGAGUUGUUAGGCAUGCGAAAUGGGCAUGGAGAGACAGCUCUGUUUCGUGCAGCCCGGUAUGGCAAAAAGGGUAUGUUCAAGUUUCUAGAUGAAGAAAUCAACAGAUUAUUUGGAAGUGAUGACACAGAAGAAGCCCAAAAAGCCUUUCACCAGAGUGGCGUUAAAAGCACUAUACUUCACAUGUCCAUCUUGACCGAGCAUUUUGAUUUGGCCCUUUUGAUUGUGGAAAAGUAUGAAUACUUAGCUGGUGUACGAGAUGGAGAUGGGAUGACCGCUCUUCAGCUUCUUGCAUGCAAUCCAUCAGCAUUCCUAAGUGGGACUAAACUAAGUUCCAUCAAGCGAUUCAUCUACUCUUGGGCUGCUGUUGCUACCAAUGUGGCAGAAGAAGAAUCAUGUUGCUGGAUACCCUUAUGUGAAGCAAUUAAGAAGAAGAAACAGAGGUAUGAAUCUGCUUUGAGACUUGCUAAGUUCUUGAUAAAAAAAGAUACCUCAUGGAAGGCCACUGAAUCUGUAAUUGGCGGGGGUAAGCUUAAGACCCACAAAUAUGGCCAAGAAGUAGACGAAGUACAAAUUGCCCCAACAAGUUACGCAAGGACUGGAAACGCUGCUGAAAUUGCAUUGUUUUUGGCGACUAAGGAAGGCAUAAUAGAGAUUGUUAAAGAGACACUCAAGAGAUAUCCUCAGGCAGUUGAACACAUUGAUAAUCAUGGGCGUACUAUCUUACAUGUAGCUAUCAAGUAUCGCCAAAUGAAAAUUUUUGAUCUUGUAGAGAAAAUGAAGAUUCCAAUGAAAAGGCUCAUAAGAAAGACCGACAAUAGAGGGAAUUCCAUACUGCAUAUGGUUGGGAUAAAGGUAGGAGAUCAUGCAGCUAAAGUCAAACCAAACCCUGCUCUGCAGUUGCAGGAGGACUUGCAUUUGUUUGAGCGUGUGAAGAAAAUCUCUACGACCCAUUUCACCAAGUGCGUCAACUCUGAUGGGAAGAGUGCUGAAGUACUAUUUGCUACUAAUAGUGAAACACUUCGUAAAGAAGCCAAAGAAUGGCUGAAGCGCACUGCUGAGAGUUGCUCCAUUGUUGCUGUGCUUAUUGCUACUGUUGCCUUCGCUGCACCCUACACAGUACCAGGUGGUCCAGAUCAACAUACUGGAUUUCCCAUUUUCCUCGAUGAACCUUUCUUUUUGAUUUUUGCCAUGGCUGACGUACUCUCCCUUAUAUUUGCUUUGACAUCAGUCAUUACAUUUCUCUCCAUCCUCACGUCGCCAUUUAUGUUAAAGGACUUCAAAUAUUCUCUUCCUCAAAAACUUAUGCUCGGAGUUACAUUAUUGAUUUCAUCUGUAUCAGCAAUGAUGAUGGCGUUUGCAGCAACAAUUGUCCUAACAAUACGUAAGAAGAAAAAAUGGACAAGAAUUGUCUUAUACCCUGCUGCUUUCUUCCCUGCCACCAUCUUUGUACUCUCAUAUUUGCCUCUUUAUAUGUCACUCAUGAACAAUAUCAAGUACUCUCUCAAGCAAGCAGGAAAGGGAGUUCCCCGGUUUUGUAGUGCUUCCAUUCGAUCUUGGCUCGCCAAUUCAUUCAAGUUUUAUAAAUCCAAACCCUUAAAUUCCUCUGACCCGACCCAAUCCCAAGCCACAAGUUCUACCAGUUCUGGAUACCCGUCUGCUGCUCAAACCGUCCAUUCCCUCGUGUGAACUGCCAAAUGGAAUAUCAUUUUAGUACAAUCUUCGAAGCACCUACUCAAUAAAGUCCAUGGUGAGAUCUAUUCAGUGUGAUUAUUAUUGUUUAGUGAGAUCAAUUGAGUGAUUGUUACUGUUUGCUUUUUUCUUGAUUUCUAAGUACUUACUGAAAAUAAGCAUCAUUAGUUUGUCAUGUUGAAUGUUGAGUGAUAACUUGUACUUUGUGGUUCUAGAUUGGCUUAUAAUAUUUGCGUUUGCUUUUCAAGUA